GCAGUGGGUUUAUUUUGCGGUGAGGCCGACAAGCACAUGGCAGCAUUUGAUUGAACUGCUCAAUUUAAUUGUUAAAUUCUUAAAGUGAAUUAAAUACCUUGAAAUUAAGAUAACUUGCUUUGUCCCCGAUUCGACGAAAUGACGCAACGUGGCGAGACCGGAGUGAGGACAAGGAAUGGCGGAGAGAUCAAGAAAUUCACGAACAAAUUUGAAAAGAGUGGAGGAGAUGGUGACAAGUUCGGCAAGAAACGGAAAUUUGGUGAAGGUAUCAAAGAAGAGAAGGGAGCUGGAAAAAAGAAACCGCGAGCAUACGAGAACAUUGUCACAGCCGAUGGCAAACCAGACUGGAAAAAGGCAAGGAUGGAGAUGAAACAAUUAAAGGAAACGAGGAAGAAGAAGGAAAUGAAGCCAGAAAUUUACGAGCUGAGCAAAGAAGCUAAGAAAAUUUGGGAAGAGUUGCGAAAAGAAAAUUGUCCUCAAAAUGUUCGGGACAAACUUUGCGAUCAGAUGCAUCGUUUAGUUAAAGGACACAUUAAAAGGUUAUCUUUUGCCCACGAUACGUCUCGAGUUUUGGAGUCGCUCUUAAUGUAUGGUUCGGAAGAAGUUCGUGCCAACAUUCAUGUUGCGUUUAAGUCAAAGGAUGACAUUAUGCUUCUCAUGAAGUCAACCUAUGGACACUUUUUGGCUCUAAAAUUGAUGAAAUAUGCGACUAAAGAACAGAGGGAUGCUAUUUUCAAAGCCAUCGAAGCCCACGUCGUUACACUCCUCAAGCAUCAGUUCGCUUCAAGAGUGCUUAACGAUUUCUACUUGACGUAUGCCAAAGCAGCCCAGAAAACAAUCAUAAUUAAGGAGUGUUACGCCCCCUUGUUGCGUUUGGAGAGUUUGGAUGAAUCUUUGGGCUACGAUUUGAAACUUAUCCUUGAAAAAUUUCCCGAGAAGAAAACAGGCAUUCUGAACAAUUUGCAAGAACUUAUUACUUUCAUGCUGGAAAAAAAUAUGAAAACCAAUGCGAUUCUUCAUCUUUUGAUCCAUGAAUAUUUGGAAAAUUGUGCACAUGCCGAAAGGACAGAAUUAAUCACGACAAUGCGAGAAGAACUUGUAAACAUUUUGCACACCAACGAAGGUUCAUUACUUGGAUUGAGCUGUUUGUGGCACGGAACUCCCAAGGAUCGUAAAGUAAUUGUCAAAAGCUUCAAAGGCUUUAUUCCUAAAAUCGCAUGUGAUAAGAACGGAUAUCGAGUUCUUUUAGGAGUUAUUGACACAGUAGAUGACGUUGUACUUGUUUCAAAGGCAAUCUGCAAUGAAAUGCUGAAUAACUUGAAUGAUCUUGUGCUGAAUCAAUAUGGACAACGGACGGUUGUUUACCUUUUGGAGCAUCGAAGCUCAUUGUUCUUUGAUCCGGAAAUAUCAAAAUUGCUAGCCCAAGGGGACUCUAAUGAGUACACGAAAAAACCAAUUGGUCAACGUCUCAAGGACAUUACGGAACCUUUGGAACAAGAGUUUGUGGAUGGCAUUGUGGAUAAUUUUGGCAUGUGGAUGAAAGAGAAUUGUCCAUGUUUGGUAGCCAAAUUUAUUUUGAAAAGAUUCACAGGUGGUCACUUGAAUGAAGCUGUUCAAAAGGUUGCCGAGUGCAUUGCAGAGGCUUCGACGGCGGAAGGAGUUGAGCGAAACCCGAUUGAAGCACUAUCAAAGUUAAUUCUGAUGGAAUUACCGAUGGAAACCCGGCUUGCUUUUGCAUCUGAGUUGCUCGUCCAUUUGAAUAAAUUGGGACAAAUCAAACCCUGGCUUCAAACUAAUCGCGGAUGCUUCGUUUUGCUCAGAAUUUGGGAGAAAUGUGGACAAGACUCUCAACCUGGGAAAGAGGUGAAGAAAUGCGUUACGUCAAACAUUCAAAUUCUGAAAAAGCAUAAAACCGCAGGAGGAAAAUUAUUGAGUAAUAUCGUUGAAGAUUAAUCUAGAUGAUUAUUUUGCAUAUAUAGUAAAGUAAUUCCGCAAAUGUAAAAUUUUACAUUAUUAAAUAAUGAAUACAUUAAAUCAUUUCCUUUGUUUUAACUUUUCAA